AUGCCCAACAUGGAUCCUUUGGUGAGACAACAAGGCCUGGCUUUCCAGCAGUCAGAGCUUCUGCGUGAGCAAUUCAUGAAGUUUGCAGAGGCCCUGCAAAAGUUGCAUGCCGGCCUGGAGGAGGUCCGCGAGGACAUGCACACUGACCGCCAAGAACGGCUCCAUGAAAAGGAUACUGUUGCCUCUGCUAUUUCAUCGCUUCGUAAUGAGGUGCAUGGGCACAUCGAGGAGCGGCUUUCCCUCCUGAACGAAGAGGUGACAAUGCGAAGCCGUAGCACGGAGGGAGAGCUUCAGCGGCUGGGUGGUUGCCUGGACAGCAUAGCACAGCAGCUUGGAGCACAGCUCAUGGCUGUGGCAGAGGAUCAGCGCGCAUUGUCCGAGAAUGUCCACGCCAGAAUAACUGAGUUCCAAAACUCUUUCAGUGGCAGCGCCGCAAGCCGUGCCAUGCUUGAGGAUCUGGGGACCCAGGUGGAAGGCAAAAUUCAGGGCGCGCUGCAGACUGGCGCCGCAGCGCUGCGUGAGCGGGAGGAAGUGCUGGCCGAGAAGAUUGCCAAUGUGCAGUCGGAGGCUGCUUGUGAAGCUGAACAGUGGCAGGAAAGGUUCAACUCAGUGGAGCAAGCCUCGCGACAGCUUUGCACUGAGAUGGCCGCAGAGCAUCAGCAAACGCGCAUCUCAGCCAUCGGACUAGCCACGGAGUUGUCUGAGAUUCGGGAAGCGAUGGCGAAGGAGUCGCAGUCCUACCAGGAGUCCACCACUUCAGUUCAACGCUGGAUCACAGAGACUGUGUCUUUGCGAAAGUCCCUGCAGGAGGAGGAAAUUGCCCACGCAGCUUUAAACAACAAAGUGGCUGAGCAUGACGGGGAGCUGAAACGACAGGUGGGAGUGUCCAAGGGCCUCGCCGACGCAACGGCCGAAUUCAAGACUGGCAAGGAAGAGCUUUGGCAGAUGGUGACGACUUCGCAAGAUAGCCACGAGCAGACAGUCAAGGAUAUCCAGGAGCUACGACUCCGCACUCAGCAUAUGGAGGUGCAGAGAUUUGGCCAGGUGGCAAGACAGCUCGAAGAGCUAAGCGUGCAGCACUCGGCGGCAGCCUCGAAGAUUGAGGAGAUUGAGCACUCCCACGCCCAUGGACAGAAGGCGCUUGCCUCCAAGCUUGACAGCCAUGCCCAGAACUUAUUGCAAGCACAGCAGGAGAUCAAACAUCUAACGGAACAGAGUGUCCAGCACGACUUCAUUGAAAGCCGGGACCAGCAGUAUCGGCUCUACGUGACAAUGGAUGGGGACAUUGGCAUAUUCCGACGCAGUGGAUGGGGCAAGCACGGUGGAGACUUUGCGGGGGUACCUCGAUGGCAUGCGGGAGCCAUUGGGGAGAAGGCGCUGUGCUCCGUGAACAGAGAGACGCAGGCUUACGAGAAAGACCGCUUCCUGGCCAUGGCGAACCGGCUGGAUGCGCAACGGUAG